GUUCAGCCCUAAAUGUGAAAUUCUACCUCUGAGCACAUUUUUACCCAUUUUCCCCUCUUCUUCCGCAGAUCCAGGAGCCGGGAUCCACCACCAUGUCCACCAAGGCUCCCAUCUACCUGAAGCGUGGCAGCAGGAAGGGCAAGAAGGAGAAGCUCCGCGACAUCCUGUCGUCCGACAUGAUCAGCCCCCCGCUGGGGGAUUUCCGUCACACCAUCCACAUCGGCAGCGGCGGCGAAAGCGACAUGUUUGGGGACAUCUCCUUCCUCCAGGGGAAAUUCCACCUCCUCCCCAGGACCGAGAGCGGCUUCCAUUCCGACAAGGACAGCCCCGAGGCGGCUCCCUUUGAGUUCUCCAGGACGGCCACCAUCUCCGGCCGCCAGCAGGCCACCGAAACCUCCUCUCCCCUCCUCAAGAACGCCAUUUCCUUGCCCGUCAUCGGGGGGCCGCAAGCUUUGACCCUUCCUUCCGCCCAAGCCCCCCCAAAACCCCCACGGCUCCACCUGGAUGAUAAAACCGCCGCUGCUGCUGCCGCCGCCCCGCAUCCCUGCAGCCCACAGAACGGUUUCUCGGAGGAGAAGAGCAGCCCCGAGCCCUUCCUCUCGCACGCCGGCUCCCUCCUCUCCCUCCACGUGGAUUUGGGGCCGUCCAUCCUGGAGGACGUGCUGCAGGUGAUGGAGAAGCACCAAGGGGAAAAGGAUUCGGGCCGGCAGGAGGUGUUGACAUGAAGGCGAGCGGAGGACCCCUGGUGCGAACGGGACGGGAGCAUUGCAGCCCUCCAGAUAGCCCCCGGCAGCGGGGAAGGGAAUAAAACCCCCCCGAGGACCCCCGAGGUUCCUACAGAGAUGGAUUGAGCUGACCU